AUGCCCAGGAACAUUCUCUGCACCAUCCUGUCGAGCACCUGCUGCAGUAGGAGGGGAUGCGUCACGCUUCACUUCAAGCUCGCCCUCAUGAUCACCCUCACCCUCGCCAAUCCUGUCGCAACGCUCGCCGUCACACUUGCUGUAACGCUCGCCGUCAAGAUCGCCGUCACACUUGCUGUAACGCUCGCCGUCACGAUCGCCGUCACGCUUGCUGUAAUGCUCGCCGUCACGAUCGCCGUCACGCUUGCUGUAACACUCGCCGUCACGAUCGCCGUCACGCUUGCUGUAAUGCUCUCCGUCACGAUCGCCGUCACGCUCGCUGUCACGAUCGCUGUCACGCUCGCCGCCCCGCUCCCCGUCACGCUCAUGCCCUUUCACUUGCAAGUGAUCCUCGUCGGCUACAGCUUCAUGCUGUCGUGUUGCCCCGGUCGCCUGUUGUUUCCCUCUUUUCCCUUUCUUGGCACCACCCCACUCCUCUCACUCCCUUUCUCAUCCGCGCAUCCCCACCGCACUCAUGCGCAGCCCACUGCUCUCACUCCCCUUCUCAUCCGCGCAUCCCCACCGCACUCAUGUGCAGCCCACUACUCGCACUCCCCUUCUCAUCCCGCAUCCACACCGCACUCAUGCGCCGCCCACUCCUCUCACUCCCUUUCUCAUCCGCGCAUCCCCACCGCACUCAUGCGCAGCCCACUCCUCACACUCCCCUUCUCAUCCGCGCAUCCCCACCACACUCAUGCGCAUCCCACUCCUCUCACUCCCCUUCUCAUCCGCGCAUCCCUACCGCACUCAUGCGCAGCCCACUCCUCUCACCCCCCUUCUCAUCCGUGCAUCCCCACCGCACUCAUGCGCAGCCCACUGCUCUCACUCCCCUUCUCAUCCGCGCAUACCCACCGCACUAAUGUGCAGCCCACUACUCGCACUCCCCUUCUCAUCCCGCAUCCCCACCGCACUCAUGCGCAGCCCACUGCUCUCGCCCCCCUUCUCAUCCGCGCAUCCCUACCGCACUCAUGCGCAGCCCACUCCUCUCACUCCCCUUCUCAUCCGCGCAUCCCCACCGCACUCAUGCGCAGCCCACUCCUCUCACUCCCCUUCUCAUCCGCGCAUCCCCACCGCACUCAUGCGCUGCCCACUCCUCUCACUCCCUUUCUCAUCCCCGCAUCCCCACCGCACACAUGCGCAGCCCACUGCUCUCGCCCCCCUUCUCAUCCGCGCAUCCCUACCGCACUCAUGCGCAGCCCACUCGUCUCACUCCCCUUCUCAUCCGCGCAUCCCCACCGCACUCAUGCGCAGCCCACUCCUCUCGCCCCCCUUCUCAUCCGCGCAUCCCUACCACAGUCAUGUGCAGCCCACUCACACUCCCCUUCUCAUCCGCGCAUCCCCACCGCACUCAUGCGCCGCCCACUCCUCUCACUCCCUUUCUCAUCCGCGCAUCCCCACCACACUCAUGCGCAGCCCACUCCUCUCGCCCCCCUUCUCAUCCGCGCAUCCCCACCGCACUCAUGUGCAGCCCACUACUUGCACUCCCCUUCUCAUCCCGCAUCCCCACCGCACUCAUGCGCAGCCCACUCCUCUCACUCCCUUUCUCAUCCGUGCAUCCCCACCGCACUCAUGCGCAGCCCACUCCUCUCGCCCCCCUUCUCAUCCGCGCAUCCCUACCGCACUCAUGCGCAGCCCACUCCUCUCACUCCCCUUCUCAUCCGCGCAUCCCACCGCACUCAUGCGCAGCCCACUCCUCACACUCCCCUUCUCAUCCGCGCAUCCCCACCACACUCAUGCGCAUCCCACUCCUUUCACUCCCCUUCUCAUCCCGUAUCCCCACCGCACUCAUGCGCAGCCCACUCGUCUCACUCCCUUUCUCAUCCGCGCAUCCCCCCCGCACUCAUGCGCAGCCCACUCCUCUCACCCCCCUUCUCGUCCGCACAUCCCCACCACACUCAUGCGCAGCCCACUCCUCUCACCCCCCUUCUCAUCCGCGCAUCCCCAUCGCACUCAUGCUCAGCCCACUCAUCUCACUCCCCUUCUCAUCGGUGCAUCCCCAUUGCACUCAUGCGCAUCCUACCCUUCCCACCCCCGUACGCUACCGCGCAUCCAACGUGCAUACCUCGAUGGCGUUAA